UUUUCCAAAAUUAAUAAAUUUAUGCGGUUCUGGCUGCUCUCUUCGACCCUCGUCCCCAAAUAUACACCAAAAAAUGGAAAACCUCCAAAGUCAACCAGACGAUCGCCCAGAAGUCCUACUGAUUGUACGGAUGGUACCCGCUCUUUUCUCGCCAUUGUUCAAUCAAAAGUUCCGAUUGAUGAAAGCAUGGGAGUCGGAACUGCCUCUGGACCAGUUUUUGGCGAGAAAUGCAAGCUCAGUCCGAGCGAUGAUUGCCAGCCACGCCACCGCCGUCAACACCGAGCUACUCCAACUGCUUCCGGCGCUGCGAUUGGUUGUGACUUCCAGCAAAGGCGUCAAUCAGGUCGACUUGGCCGAGUGCCGUCGCCGAGGGAUUUCGGUGGCCAAUGUUGGGAACGCUUACACGGAAGAUGUGGCCGAUGUGGCCGUGGGUUUGUUGAUUGAUGUGCUUAGGAAAAUUUCGGCCGCCGAUCGUUACGUCAGACAUGGGUUCUGGAAAACCGAAGGAGAUUUUCCUCUUGCUUAUAAGCUUGGAGGAAAGCGUGUUGGGAUUGUUGGAUUGGGGAGUAUAGGCUGUGAAGUUGCUAAAAGGCUUGAGGCUUUUGGCUGCCUUAUCUCUUACAACUCAAGGAGCAAAAAGCCCUCCAUUGCAUACCCGUGUUAUUCCAAUGUUAAAGAACUUGCUGCAAAUAACGAUAUUAUAAUCUUGUGCUGUAGUUUAACAGAUGAAACACAUCAUAUGGUUAACAAGGAAGUUCUUUCAGCUCUGGGAAAGGAGGGAGUUAUUGUUAACGUUGGACGCGGGGCUCUUAUCGAUGAGAAGGAACUGGUGAGGUGUUUGGUAGUAGGAGAUAUCAGAGGGGCUGGUUUGGAUGUGUUUGAGAAUGGCUCGUAUGUUCCUGAAGAGCUCUUCCAAUUGGAUAAUGUUGUUCUUUCUCCGCAUAUAGCUGUAUUUACUCCUGAGUCUUUUGAGAGUGCUGCUUCAGUUAUGAUUGCGAAUUUGGAGGCUUUCUUUUUAAACAAACCGUUAUUAACUCCUGUGACCAUUCCCUAGAUUCUGAAAAACUCAUUUGAUGAAAGAUGAAAUAUUGAACCAUGAAAAAAACAAGAGAGGCUUUUAGACGAUAUGAGCUUCUGGACUUUAUCUCUUACGGGUUCAGAUUACUCUGCAAUAGAUUGUACAAGAGCUAACUUAGUGGGGAAGAACAUGGUCGGUCUAGUCAAAAUAUGUUUACAUGCUUAUGUAAGCACUAGAAUCAUGGUGGUUGCUUGAGAUUUUUAUGAGCAGAAUGAUAUGUGGGUGCAAUGAUGGUAUUAAAUCAUUUUUCAGGUUAAUAUAAUGGGGUAGGUGCACCCCUCUAGUUUUUGGCUUGGGAAGUAUUAUCGGCGCAAUUUUUUUUAUGGCUAUUGUAGUUAUUUAUAAUAUAGUGACAGUUUUUUUUAUUCACGUAGAAGGUAACUUGUUUGAAUCUUAUUUUUGGCAAUGUAAAUUAAAAAUUAAUUUACAAUUUA